CCCCACAUUUCACAUCAUCUUUUUCCCAUUCUCCUCCUCUGUCAAAUCCCACACUAAUAAUAAUAAGACUUUGGGUUUUAUUAUUAUUAUUUUUCUCAAUCAAAUCAGGUGGUGCCUAAUAAUUACAAGCAGUGGAAGAGUGUCCUCUCCUAGGACAGCAGGAGACGCAGAAAGCCUUGGUUUUUUUUUCUGGUUUUUCUUUCAUUAUAGACAACAAAAGAAACUUAAAGCUUUUCCUAGCUAGCUACCUCAGCUCCUACGUUGUCUGGAAGCUAAGGAAAACACAACUAAUAAACAAAUAGUUUUUAUUCUUCUUAUAAAAAACAUGUAUAAGGAAGCAUUAGCGGACCGCUCCGACGAAGAUGGCCUCGGAUAUGUCGAAUAUGAUCCCACUGGACGUUAUGGUCGCUUGGAUGAAAUGUUGGGAAAAGGGGCGAUGAAGAAGGUGUACAAGGCAAUAGAUAUGGUGGUUGGGAUGGAAGUGGCAUGGAGCCAAAUAAAGCUGAAUGAUUUGCUUCAUUCACCAGAUGAUUUGCAGAGGCUCUACUCUGAGGUUCAUCUUUUAAGCACCCUAAACCAUGAUUCCAUCAUCAAGUUCUAUACUUCUUGGAUUAAUGUUCAAAACACCACUUUCAAUUUCAUCACUGAGAUGUUCACUUCUGGAACCCUCAGAGGAUACAGGAAGAAGUAUAGUCGAGUAGACACCCGAGCCAUAAAGAUUUGGGCGCGCCAAAUUCUCACAGGCCUUGUUUAUUUGCAUUGCCACGACCCCCCGGUGAUCCACCGAGACCUCAAGUGUGACAAUAUUUUUGUGAAUGGCCAUCUUGGACAGGUCAAGAUUGGGGACCUUGGCCUUGCAGCAAUUCUUCGUGGAUCCCAUAGAGCACAUAGCGUUAUAGGAACACCCGAGUUCAUGGCGCCAGAGCUAUACGAUGAGAACUACAACGAGCUCGUGGAUGUGUAUUCGUUCGGGUUGUGUAUUCUAGAGAUGCUUACUGGUGAAUAUCCAUACAGUGAAUGCAACAAUCCUGCUCAAAUUUACAAGAAAGUGACCUCGGGCAAAAAGCCAAGGGCAUUUUACAAGGUUGAAGACUUGGAAGCACAGCAGUUUAUUGGCAAGUGUUUGGAGCCUGUCUCCAAGAGAUUAUCAGCUAAAGAACUAAUGGUGGAUCCAUUUCUGGCCCCUGAUGAUUCUAUAGGGAAGCCACUAACAAUGGUUGGGUGUCAAAAGCCUUUUCUGAAUGACAAUAUUAUUGGAAUGGAGGACCUGAAUUUGAACCACCAUGUGCCGGCAACGAGCAUGACUAUCAAGGGAAAGUUGAAUCCUGAAGAUGAUACCAUCAUUCUUAAGGUGCAGAUUGCUGAUAAAGAAGGUGGUGUUAGGAACGUGUAUUUUCCAUUUGACAUCUUAAGCGACACACCAACCGAAGUUGCAAAUGAAAUGGUGAAGGAAUUAGAAAUCAGAGACUGGAAACCAGCUGAAAUUGCAAACAUGAUUGAUGGGGAGAUUAGUGGUCUAGUACCCCAAUGGCGGAAAUGGAAUCAAUAUGAGCCUGCAGUAGUUGAUCACCAUGUUCUUAGUUAUAAAGAUGAUUACCACAAUCCUUUCUGCUCACUCUCAUCCACCACCGCAUCAUCAUCCCAAGGCUCGGUUUCAGCUCCAAUAACUUCUCAAGAGAUACAAGGAAAAGACCACCAUCUAUGGCUUCAAGGUAUAUAUAAUGAAGCAUACGAGGAAACAACCUCCCAGAGCUCUUCAUCACACUCAGGAAACUAUUCCAACCUCAAUUACUUUUCAGCAGAUGAUGAGACCAACCCAAGAAGGCAAAGUCCGGCAGGGGGCAUUGGUGUGAGCCACAGCCAUUCAAGAUUCUGCCCCGGGGAAAGUUCAACCACGGGGUGGGCUAUGGUUGAACAGAAACAAGACAACAUGCGGAGAUUAACAAGGAACCGAUCGCUAGUAGACAUGCGCAGCCAGUUGCUUCACCGGACAUUGAUAGAGGAGGUGCACAAGCGGCGGUUGUUCAAGACGGUGGGAGCAGUGGAGAAUAUCGGAUUUGAAGUGCCCCGUGACUGCAGAAACACCUCUCGCCACGCUUCUCCCAGUCCCAGGUUGAGUGAUCAUUGUGGUAAGGGGAGUAGUAGUGGUCAUAAACCAAAGAGGAAUUCAUGAUUAUUGUUGCUUAGCUAGCUUGCUUGCAUAGUUAGCUUGCUAGCUCAUUAAUUGCUGCAAUGUAUACUACAAUAUAUUGUGAUUGCCUAUUAAAUUACAAUGUGUAAAUAUCUUUAUGUAUA